GGCAACCUUUAGGUUCCGACGCGGCUGGUCGGCAGUUAAAUGACAGCGCGAGCAGUGAGACUUGUUCCCUAUAUCUCUACUGCACGACUUAGUCAUGUCGCUCCCACGACAGCUUAGAGAUGAAAGUGAUUUUGAGCAACUGCCGCACAACGUGCCGGUGAGCGCCACCAUCGCAGACGUCGACGAGAAAAAGGGUUUUAUUGUCUACUAUCGCUUCGUAAUCGAGGUGAAGACUAAAGGAGGCAGUAAGUACCUGAUCUAUCGCAGGUAUAGUGAGUUCUACACCCUGCAUCAGAACCUGGAGCAGAAGUUCUCCCCAGAGUCUGCGUCAGGACCCUACACCGUUGCACUGCCCACUCUACCAGGCAAAGUGUAUGUGGGCAACAAACAGGAAAUAGCAGAAAACAGGAUCCCGGAGCUCAACACAUACAUGAAGAGGUUGCUGUGUUUGCCUGUCUGGGUUCUUCUGGACGAUCUGAUCCGGAUGUUUUUCUAUCAGACCGAAUACGACAGCCUUCAGGUCCCCAAAGCGCUCCGGCGUCUUCGGCCCCCCACACGCAAAGUAAAAACCGAGAAACAGCCCAAGACAGACCUGCUCUCUUCCCCCAGAGCCGAGGCCUUGUUUGACUUCAAUGGGAACGGGCGCCUGGAGCUGAGCCUGAAGAUGGGAGAGGUGAUCUUUCUCCUGCGCAGAGUCAACGCCGACUGGCUAGAGGGCACAGUUAAAGACAGGAUAGGCAUUUUUCCCAAGUCGUUUGUAAAGAUCAUUAAGCCUCUACCUGACAGUGACUCGGAUGAAGAGGGCGGGGCUUCCAAGAAAAAAGAAGGUCCAGGUUCCUACAGCUGCCUGCACUGCUUCCUGAUGCACCCUGAAGGUGUAGAUGAAAGGGAUGUGUGUGUAGAAGAAGACCUUUCCACCCAGCCAUCAUACUUUGACCUUCUUGAACGCAUGAGGGAGGUGUUUCAGGUUGACGACAUUGCACUAAACUACCGUGACUCUGAAGGAGAUCUGGUGCGCCUCCUGGAUGACGAGGACGUGGCCCUCAUGAUACUAGAGAGCAAACGCCAUGGGUCAAAGGUCAAGAGACCCGUCAACCAGUAUCCAUGGGAACUUUGUGUCACUCAUUCCAAUAAUCUGUCUGUAUACAACAACGAAAGAGUUCAUACAGAGAAAUCAUAUCACUACUGAGAGCAGCCUGCUCGCCAGAUCCAUCAUCAAUCCCCCCACUGUCUCAAGUCAUGUGACGAUCAUCAACUAUAUAAAUCACUUUCUCACAAAAUUCAGCCUUCAGGUCACUGAACCCAUGUACUUGCCACUUGCGCCAUGUAUGUGAGUGUGUGUGUGUCUGAUUAUGUAUGUGUGUGUGUGUGUGUGUGUGUGUGUGUGUGUGUGUGUGUGUGUGUGUGUGUGUGUGUGUGUGUGUGUGUGGAUGCCCACUUUGUGUGCAAACCUUUUUAUUUUCACUUCCUUUCCAUGGAAUAAUUACAACAGAAAGUUCUUGAAUAUUUCCUCUGCGACAGAGCAUGUGGGCUCACACACACACACACACACACACAUACACAACAAACACACACCCACAAUAUCACCAGAGGUGCCAAAAAUGACACAAUACUUUUCAUGAAUUUUGCUUAUGUGGAUUAAAUAUAAGUCGCUAUAUUAAUGUCAGCUUGUGACUGUUGUUCUUUUACACAUUUUAACACUGUGUUAAUAAUAUUCUCUAUGUAUUAAAAAUAAUAAAAUGCUUGAUUUGUCCGUG